UGGGCAAACAACAAGAACGGUGCAGAUAGAAAAUGGAAAAAGAAAAAAAGUUUGAAGCACAAGGCAAAAGGAAGGCGCGUGUAUGACCAAACACUCGUUGACUGUCAUUAAACACACAGAGAGACACAAAGAAAUCCCAGUGUGUUCAGAUAUUCCUGAAAUAGUUUCCAUGUAAUUUUCAUGGAAACUUUCUUUUUUUUACCCGCUUACUUUUCUUGACCAAUUUCUCCUUUCUUAGUAAUUCCUAUAUCUGUUAUAAAAUAUAAAAAUUUCCAAAUUCAAUUUUUUUCCAAUCUCUAGGUUCCAGGAAGGAAAGGAGGGAGUGACCUUUACAAUUUUACUCCUUCGCAAAUUUUUUGCUUAAAAAAAUCCAACAUUUCAAAGCUUUGAAUUCAUCAAACCCACGAGACUUUUAAAAACCGUUGAAUAGACCCAUCUAUUUUCUAAAUCCCAUCUCAGUUUAGAGUUUCAAGAUUUCAAGGGCUGACGUGCCCAUUUUAUUUGGUAGGAUUGGUACGUAUUUGAAGGUUUAGUUUGACUUCAUUCCUCUUUUACUCAUAUAUAAGAGAGAAGGCAGUCAGAUUCUGGGAAUCAUAUAUUUUUAUCAACUCCAAAGGGGUUUUAUAUUUUCCUUAGAUAUUGCAUUUCUCUGAGAAAGAGAGGGAAAGGAACACAUCUCAAGUCUUAUUAAGGAAUAAGGAUUCAGGUAGAGGAUUAUAUUGUCUUGUAAGGAAAAAAAAAACAGAAAAAGAGGCUUAUGGGAUUAUCGCUUUCCUUGUUACUCUCAGCCUGGCAACAAAUUCUAAGUCACAGGUUCUUCGAUUUGACUUACAAUGUCGGUCUGAGUUCUAAAGCUGUAGAGAUGACGGUGAGAGUAAAUAGCUUCAAGAGAACGGAUUCGGACACCGUCACCACCACCAACUCAGCUAUUGGGUCGGAUAAUAAGAUUCAAAGGAAAAAUUCAAUAACAUUGAAAACAAGCAAACCUGAUCGUAAUAACGUAGUGCUUGAGAAAACGUUGUCGUUCAAGGACCUGGUUCAAGACCAAAGGAAAUCAUUAGUUUCAAGUGGCUCGAAUGGAUUAAUGCAUAAACCAAUGCCUACACUUUCACUGCCUGAACCAACGAUUUUAUUUUCACCCAGACCCGUUAGUGAGCUUGAUGCGGCUGCUGUUAAGCUUCAAAAAGUGUAUAAAAGCUAUCGGACUCGAAGAAACCUUGCGGAUUGUGCAGUGGUGGUUGAGGAGCUAUGGUGGAAGGUAUUAGACCUUGCAGAACUUAAGCAAAGUUCUGUUUCGUUCUUCGAUGUUGAAAAACCUGAAUCUGCUGUUUCACGAUGGGCAAGAGCCAAGACAAGAGCUGCUAAGGUGGGAAAGGGUUUGUCCAAGGAUGAAAAAGCUCAGAAAUUAGCCCUUCGGCACUGGCUUGAAGCGAUUGAUCCAAGACAUCGGUAUGGGCAUAACUUACACCUGUAUUAUGACGUUUGGUUCUCAAGUGAAAGCUCGCAGCCUUUCUUCUACUGGUUGGAUGUUGGAGAUGGGAAAGAAGUAAAUCUUGUCAAGUGUCCAAGGAAAAAAUUACAACAGCAAUGCAUCACAUAUCUUGGACCAAAAGAAAGGGAAGGAUAUGAGGUAAUAGUUGACCAUGGGAAGCUUGUUUUUAGGCAAAGUGGGUUACCAGUGAAUACAACAGCUGAAUGCAAAUGGAUAUUUGUCCUUAGCACAACUAGGUCCUUGUAUGUGGGUCGAAAGGAAAAGGGUAAAUUUCAACAUUCUAGUUUUCUAGCCGGUGGUGCCACUACCGCAGCUGGAAGAUUGGUCGCUCGUGAUGGCGCUCUUGAGGCUAUAUGGCCAUACAGUGGUCAUUAUCUACCUACGGAAGAAAAUUUCUUGGAAUUCAUUAGCUUCCUUGAGGAAAAUCAUGUGAAUCUCACUAAUGUUAAGAGGUGUGCUAUUGAUGAUGAUAACUCUUACGGGCAAGCCCCAGCUAAGGAACCAAAACCAGAACCAAUGGUCGGUUCUAAUGAAACCAAGAAAAUUGAUGUUGGUGAUGAAGGUGACAGCAUUAGGGGGGCGGAAACAAGCACUGAUGAGCAUCACCGUGAUGAAAAGAGAAGCAACACCAAGGCGCCAACACCACCAGUGUUCGCUAAGAGAUUAUCAUGCAAGUGGACCACAGGGUUUGGACCCCGCAUCGGGUGCGUGCGCGACUACCCCACUGAUCUACAGUCAAAAGCACUUGAACAAGUUAACCUAUCACCAAGGGUUACUCCUGGGUUCGUGAAGUUUGGCCCAAUUCCAUCACCAAGGCCCAGUCCAAGGAUCCAUCUUUCCCCAAGGAUAGCAGGCAUGGGACUGCCUAGUCCAAGGCCCAUUGCAACAACUAACUAAGCCAGUUCAGUUGAAGGAGAUGGGCUACUAGGUUGCAUGACUUGGGUCGGGUGACCAUAAGUUGGGGCAACGACUCGAUGAUAACUUGCCACCUCCUCUACGGCCCUGCUAGUGGGAGAGUUGGAAAAUCAACGAGGAGAACAAACAAGUUGACUGGAAAAAAAUAUGUUUUUUCAUUCUUUUCUUUUCUUUUUCUUUGUUCAACAGUGUAAUUAAGCCAGGAAAAUUUUAAUCCUACUUCAUUUUUUUCACUAUAAUAAUUAAUGGAAAGCUAAUAAAUCAUUUUGAAA